UUUUGCUGCGCCGGCAGCAGCAGGCAGUGCGUGCGGGUUCGGCCAUUUGACUGAUUCAUCGAGUGUCUGCGCCGCGUUUAGUCGCUUCAAUGGCGACAUGGCCAGUGCGAUGGUGCACAAUCCGCGCACUUGGGCCGCCAACAAGAUUAACGUGCCGGUCGAGCGCAUCCUGGAUGAGGCUCAGGGCACUGGGGACCUCAACCUGAGUGGCCGCCGACUCAAGGAAUUUCCACGAAGUCGCAAAGACUUCGCCCUGGGGGACACCCUCAACGCAGACUUGUCCAAGAACCGUUUUUCCGAAGUGCCUGCUGAGAUCUGCCAGUUCAGCUGCCUCGAGAGACUUGAUUUGUACCACAAUGUCUUGCGCUCGGUGCCGGACAACAUCCAGUAUCUACGCUCACUCAUCUACCUUGACCUCAGCCGAAACCAAUUGCAAUGGCUGCCUCCUGGCAUUUGCCAGCUGGCCAGUCUGCAAGUUCUCCUCCUGUCAAACAACAGGCUGGCCAGACUUCCCUCCGACCUCGGAUGCUUAUCCGAGCUGGCCGAAUUGGACGUUGCCGCCAAUCAAUUAACUAUGCUGCCCCCGUCCAUUGGCAAACUAAGUCGUUUGAGACAUCUGAACGCUAGACGAAACCACCUUACCCAGCUGCCAGUUGAGGUGGCUGCAUUGCGACUGGAAAAACUCGACCUGACUGCCAACCAGAUUUCCACACUGCCAGUUGAGCUGCGGGUGAUGGAUUCUCUGGUGGAACUCGAUCUAGAUCACAAUCCUCUCGUCUCCCCACCGAGCAGUUUGUGUGCCAGAGGAAAGGUUCACAUCUUUAAAUACUUAGAGGGGAUUUCGCAAAGAGGGGACGGACGUAGGCGGCACGCAGAAACUCUUGACGGACGUGGCCAAGGCAGACGACGCCAGACUCUACCUGGAAGAGUAUCAAAGACUCCAGAGCCUGAAAUUUUCUACGGACACAACGGCACUUCCUCAACCAUGAACGGCACCCUGCUGGCCGCCACUUUGGGCAGUCUGGGCAUGACGAAUGGUUCUUCCGGUCAUUCCACUCCUUCAACUCUUUCUCCUGGUGAUAGCGGCUGCCUCCUUGAUGAGAACAUUAUGAAUUCUAAUCAGGAGUUAGCCAAGAGGCCAGACAGGCUGGCCGGUUUAGUGGACAACCAACAUAAUCUCACCCCCAGCCACAAAUCCGUGGUGACGGACGGUGAGGAAAAGAAGGGGCCUUUAGAGCACAUUCAAACCUACAGGGAAUUCAAGGAGCAAAUGCGCAUGCAAAGGAUGCAAGCGCAGGAAGUUUACAGAAAAGGGCCAGACACGACCCCGCCCACGCCUCCCACUGAGAGGCAUUCUCCAAAGACCACACCAAGCAAAGAGUCUGGCGAGAAGAAACUUGAUCCAAAGAUGGAGGCUGUCAUUUCUUAUGUUAAGUCACAAAUGCCGAACGGGCACAAUCAGGUUGAAAACAACAAUCACCGGCGGAAGAAACCAGACGGGGUGAACAAACUUUCGCCGACUCGCAGUCUGAGCUUCACAAUGCGGAGGGAAAACGAGAAGGCAAAGGAAGAGGCACUUUUAUUAGCCCAGCUCAAACAAAAUUUGGAGACUCGGCUAAAAAUGUCUCUGCAGACACAAGAAUUGGGUGAUGCCCUGCAGGAUGGAAUAGUGCUUUGCCACCUGGCUAAUCAUGUACGACCUAGAGCGGUUGCAAGUGUGCAUGUACCCUCCCCUGGCAUGCCCAAACUUCCAAUGGCACGAUGUAGAAAAAAUGUUGAAAACUUCCUUGAGGCUUGUCGGCGCAUUGGAGUUCCUGAGGCGAGUGUGGACCAACUCUCGCAGGCGCUAGCUCAGUCAGAGUGGGUGCUGGACCGCCGGACCUGCCCCCGUUUGGCCGAGGUGGUGCACCACCUCCUGGAAGUGGCCGACCAGAACCAUAACAAGUACCGUGGCAAUGGCAAUGGCCUUGGCCUCAUCUAUGAAGAGGUUGAAGAGACAAUUACGGAUAUAACAGAGUUUGAUUUGGUGGAUUCUUACGAAGAUGAGAGCUUUGAUAUCGAAAGGGCCUGCUCGAGUCAGUUGGCCAGCAUUUUAUUGUCAGCCACCUUUAUUGCUGGCCUUGUUCUGACUUACUUCCUGCCUCAGGAAGAGUCACUGUUAUUCUGACCCAAUGCUUUUCCUUUUGUUAUGAAAUCUGCCAUUUUUUUUAAAAUCUGAUUCUUUUAUAGAUGCAAUCUUGUCAAAAGCUAAGUGAAUUCUUCAAAGCAAUUUGCUAGUCUGAAAAAUACGCAUACUACUGAAAGACUUAUUUUGUCUUUUUUGAAACAACAAGGCAGCCAAGUUACUUAAAGCCACUGCUUUUUAUGCAGAUCUCACCAUUGAACAUUUCUACUUAUGUGCAUUUAAUUUAUUUAUACUCGAGUCCCAAAGCCCAACAUUUUGUCGGUUGCUACUUAAUUAAAUGAAUUGGCAUUUAGCAAAAUUUAAAGAAAUUCUACAGCUUUCGAACGAAGCAACUCGACUAAGACUUUUUCUAACUUUGGAGCAAUGUCGUGUUUGUAAUUAAAUGCUGAUUUUUGUCCAAAGUUUUGUAAAAGAUUUUUUGGACAUCAGUUUGCUCAAAAUCUUGUUUAAAAAAUGCUUCAGCUAGGGACAAAGUUCAACCAGCUUAGUUUUUUUUCAACGACUGUCUUGUGGAGACUUGCAGUCAAAGACACGCUUAUCUUUACUCAAAGUGUAAUAUUUUGAAAAAGCCUUAUCUUCUGCAUAAAUUGUGAAAAGAAACAAUGAAAAUAGCCGACAAUUGUAAAAACUAUUCAAUCACAACAUUGUUAUCAACAGUGUAGCUGGUAGCGAGUAUUUUGUAAAAUAUUUUUGAGACACGCAGAAAUCGGCAAUAAUUUUGGACUUGCCCUUUGGAGCUAAAGUUUAAUUCCGUAUUUUGUAAUAAUACAAAAUAUUUGAUGACAAAUAUGUACUAACGCAUGCAUAAUAUCACAUAAUAUUUAUAAUUAAAACGACCAUUAAUUAUUCAGCACUUGAUUCAGUUGUGGAUCGAUUGAAUCAGUUUAGAUAGUUAAAAAUAAGAACUGCGCGUCUAGUCUUGUCAAAAAAAUCAAUCAAAGCAUUAUGUGGCCAUCUUUUGUGUAUCCUCAAACAAAUCGGCUGCCUAUAAAUUACUAGCGAACCAACGCAACCAGGUUGUGCAUCCAAAGAAAGGCCAUCAGUAUUUACUACUACAGCCAAAACUUUCAAAUAGGCUCAUCUGUACUACGAAUUCAUUGCUGGCCUGGUGAUUACUCAAAUGCUUAAUCUUCCUGUAGAUAAUUAGAAACCAAAUACAGAAACAUACGAGGUGAUCAGAAAGUUGUAAACUUAACAAUAUUUAAUUUUGUAGAAGAAUUUCACAAUUGAAGGUUGAUUCAUAGUGUUUGAAUUUAAAUAUGGCUUUUCCUCAAUGGUUUUUUUUAGUUUUUAAUUGUUUCAUAUAAAAGCAGGAUACUGUUUUUUUUCUUCUACGAACCAAUAAACGACUCAAAAAACCAUUGAGGAAAAGCUAAAUGUAAAUUUAAACAUCAUAUUAUAUUAUACAAUAAUUAUAUAUAUCAUAUCAUUUCCCCCUGUUUGUUGAUAGAUUUUGAUUAUAUUUUGAUUUCAUGUGAAAUAUUUGAAGCCAUUUUUUAUUUCUUUUCCUUGCCCUUUAGUUCAAGAUGUUUGAAUUAGAAGGGCUCCUUGCAUUUUUAAGUUGCAUUCCUUUAAAUAAGUUACAAGACAAAAAUAUCUGCUUUGAACAAAAUUCCAUAUAAAAUUAUUCUGAUCUCCUCUAAUCUGAUAUGAUGGGCUUCAGAAACUAUAAAAAUGUGCUGUAAGAAAGUGUGAAAAAAGACUUGAUUUUUGUGAAUAUAUUUAUUUCAUUUAUUUGAUUGGUACUGAGUUUGGCAAAAGACGCUCUGCAAUCUGUUACGAAUAUUUUUUGUUUUGAUGAAAUCAAUGCCAAUUUGGCCUGGUUAUUAAAUUGUAUGAUCAUUAUAACUUUACUUAAAAUGUAGCAUAUUUAGUAAUCUAAUUUAUGCCUGAUUUUCAGUUAUUACCAAAUAAAUAUCCCAAUGAUAAAUAUACCAAACAUUUGCAAUUAUUUUAUU